AUGGUGUCAGGGCUCCUGACAGGGGUGGCUGUAGUCCUCCUGGUGCUGCUGCAGGGCACACAGUCAGUCUACAUCAAGUACCAAGACUUCCAGGUCCAGCUGGAAUCGGUGAAGAAACUGAGUGACCUAGAGAAGCAGCAGGUUCCCAGCCCCAACCUGCAGGCCCAGAACCUCCUGCCCUCUGUGUGCCAACACCCAGCCCUGCCCCUGGACCUCCGGCCCAUCUGUGCCUCCAAGAAAGCUGCUACCAUCUUCAGGGCCUUGAAAACCAUCGCUAGUGAUGAUUGUGAGCUGUGUGUGAAUGUAGCCUGUACUGGCUGCCGCUGA